GUCACAUGUAACUUGAAAGAUUGUAAGAUAAAGGCUGAAAGUAAUUUCAGUCUCUGACUUAGCCUCUGAAAAGUCUAGUGUCCUAAAUUGAGCUCAAGUUUAAUAUGAGCUAGAAAUAAGCCCACAUCUGUAAACACAGAUACUUACUAUUUUAAGAUUGUGCAGCUUUGCUGUGACUCCAGAAUUAUUCAUUUUAAUUUCCAUUAAAUAUGCCUUUACAAGACUUGAAUAGUCAUUAGACUUAAGUCAACUCUGCAACCUACCUUAACUUUAUUUUUUCCAUUGCUGUCUAUUCAUGAGCUUAAUAUUUGUUUCAUACUUGCCUGGUUGAUUAAGGUUCAUUUAUAACUUGUAUUGCUGUGAUUUGGUUAAGAUUCCACUGAACUAAGUGGUAAAUUAACUGCAAAUGACUUGCUUGUCUAGAUUCAUCGUAAGAAGGUGUGUUUCAUUAUAAGUGGAAUACAGGUGUAGAUAAUAUAUUUAUAUCUUGAUUGUAUGUUAACUUUUUCAAGCCCAGGUUAUACAAUAUAUUUAUCAAACAACCAAAGGUUGAGGGAUCUGGUGCAGGUCUAGUGGUGCAGUGACCCAACUAAAAGAUUAUUAUGCUGCUCCCUCCUGACUCUUGUGAGGAAGUCAGCAUUUUCUCUUUUUCCCUUGACCCCUUAUCUUUUCCGGAUGUUGUGAGGCACUCUGGGCCUGAUCCAAAACCCAAGUGAAGUUUUGGGGAAAUCUUUCCAUUGGCAUUGGCUCAGGACUUCUAUUACUUCCUACCCAAUGGGGUGAGGAUGUGCAUGAACCUCGUUAACACAUUGCUAAGCACUACACUUAAAUAGCACAGGGAGCAUUCCACUCUGCACAAUACAGAUAUAUGUGGGAGAGUAGGAACCCUCUUGUGACCUGCACUCCACUCCUUCUGCCACCAUUCAGAGCAAGGAGGGGUACUGAAUGCACUGAUGGGCGACCUUCAACUUUGCAAACUAGAUGAACUUGACUGCCUUAUUAAAGGAGUUUUGUACAUUGACUCAGUUGGAUUCAAUGGACAUUCAGAGUGCUACUACUUUGAAAACCCAACUGAUUGUGAAAAAUGUCAGAAGCUCCCAUUCAACUUGGAGAAUCCAUAUCCUCUCCUCUUGGUGAACAUUGGCUCAGGGGUCAGCAUCUUGGCUGUGUAUUCCAAAGACAAUUAUAAGCGUGUAACUGGGACCAGUCUUGGAGGAGGAACGUUUUUUGGUCUCUGCUGUCUUCUUACUGGCUGCUCCACCUUUGAAGAGGCUCUUGAAAUGGCAUCCCUUGGAGAUAGCACGAAAGUGGAUAAACUGGUGCGGGACAUCUAUGGAGGGGAUUAUGAGAGAUUUGGACUGCCAGGCUGGGCUGUAGCAUCCAGCUUUGGGAAUAUGAUGAGCAAGGAGAAGAGAGAGUCUGUCAGUAAAGAGGACCUGGCAAGAGCAACUUUAAUAACCAUCACCAAUAACAUUGGCUCCAUAGCACGGAUGUGUGCACUUAAUGAGAACAUUAAUCGGGUGGUUUUUGUUGGCAAUUUCUUGCGGAUCAAUACAAUCUCAAUGAGGCUUCUAGCAUAUGCUUUGGAUUAUUGGUCCAAGGGGCAGUUGAAGGCACUUUUCUUGGAACAUGAGGGUUAUUUUGGAGCAGUUGGUGCUUUUCUGGAGCUUUUGAAUUCAGCCUGAGUCAUUACAGAUCCUGCACAUUGGAUAUAAGUUGCAGGAGCUUCUACCCUAUUGGAACUCCUACAUGUAUUUAGCUUUUUUUAAAGCAUCUGUUAAGUGACUAUUACAGUAAUUGUACAUGAUUUAAUCAUUGCGGAAAAGGAAAGGACAAAUGAAUUUUUUGUAAACAGCUAAAAUUAAUCCUGAAUCUUAAUGUAGAUUAGUUAAUAAUAAGAAAUAUAUAUCUUCUGAGCAGCAGUUUUUAUUAUAAUCUGCUACAUGUUUUGAGAUAGUGUGGGAAGGUGCGAGAUAGAGAGAGCAUAAGUCUCACAUUAAACUAUCCUGUUCUCAAAAGACAUUUUUUUUUAAAAUGCCAAGUGUCUACAGUGGUAACUAUUUUAUAUUUCACUUGCAAUGUUUGUAUAUAUGGGAUUGAAGGACUUUAAGUAUUUGUGGUAGUAUUGAAUAGUGUAUUGUUUAUGUAUGACAAUUAUCAAAACAGAACCCAGAAAUAUAAAAACUAACCUUUUUCCAAAAGUCCUUGUUUGUUGCCCUCUUCUGAACACUAUAGUGGCCUGUAAAAACAUCAUCAUACAAUCAGUAAUGGCUUAUUUUCUGGCAAGACCGUCACUGUGCAUAUACACUGUUGGAGAAACAAGAAGUAAGGAUUAAAUCUUUUUUGGGUCUUGCUUUCUGUAAAACUGCGUAGCAACUUCCUGUCAUCUGCACCCUGGUGACUGCUGACCAGACCUCUGGAUGUGUGGGUCAAACCCUUAUAAUGUAGUUUUAGCAACAUGCAGUAGAUGAAAUCCACUAAGAGUAAAUUUAAGAAUAUUUAUAACUAGUGUGUGUUGCUUUUUCUUUUCUUUUUUUUCUUUUUUAAAGAAUUGUAUGGAACUGUACCAAAAAUGAUGAUAAUGCUAUUCCUGAUAUACUCAGGCUGUUCUGUAUAAUUUAAUAGUCUAUAGAUGUUUGUUGUUAGCUAGUUACUAAACAUAAUCCAGAUUCAGGAGGAAAAUCAAUCUUCUCUCCACAUCA